AUGGCAUUACCAUUACUUCCUGAACAACACGUUCAAUCGGCUUUCGACGAGCUCAAUGAAAAAAUACCGGCUGAACUCGAACCCCUUUUUGAGUACUUCGACGAUUGGUGGAUGAAACAAGUUCCAAUCCGUCUUUGGAAUGUAUCUAAUCUCAAAGCAAGAACCAACAACAAUGUUGAGUCAUGGCAUAGCCGAUUCAACAAGAGAAUUGAAAGAAAACAUCCCAAUGUUUGGGCCUCCAUCAAUGUCGUGAAAAAAGAAGAAGUUCAUUUUAAACAUCAGCUGGUUCACGCUAAUUCGGGCAAGUUGAAGAAAAUUUCACAAAAAACUUGCGUGAUGCAAGAUAAGCUCGAUCAAUUAAAAAAACGUUAUGGUGCAAAUCAAAUUCAAUUGGUUGAAUACCACCAUCAAUUGUCUUUAUUAGUUGGUACGAAGUCAGCAUAA